UGGGGCAGCGAGGGGGCAGUUCUCUAUAACGCGGUCUCCGGGAGCCAGCCGGGAAGAAAGAAGCCGAGCGGGCGGAAGGCGCCCUCCCCGCCGCCUGGGCCCGGGCACCGGGUGCCGGGCCCGGGAUCCUUCCCGCCUCCCACGGCCGCCCGCCGCUUUGUUUCCCCAGUCUCUGUGCUCCGGGCCACUCGAGAGGGGCUCCCGCCGGGGCUGCGCAGGGAACGCGGCGGCGAGAAGGGCGGCCGACCGCGCCGGGACUCGCAGGGACCCAGGAGUCCCGCCGCCAGGAGGGCCGCGUGACGAGAUCGAGGAGGCAGCAAGAGCCCCGCGGCCCCGGGUUGCGGGCCGGGGGCGCCCGUGAGCAGAGACCUCCCCGUCGAGGGGGGGCGAUGUUCCCCUCGCUCGCGGGGACUUCGGGCAGCCAGGGCAUCCCGCCGCUGGGAUCAGGGCCCCCGCAGUGGGCACCCCCCCAGGCGGCUCCAUGGAGACACUGUGCCCCGCACCCCGCCUUUCAGUGCCGGCGUCCCCGCGGGGGUCGCCCUGCUCCCCCACGCCCCGGAAGCCGCGUCGGGGGACCCAGGAAUUUUCUCCUCUGUGCCUGCGUGCCCUUGCCUUCUGCGCCCUUGCCAAACCCCGGGCGCCUCCUCUGGGCCUGGGGCCUGGGGAACUGGCGCCGCGGCCCCCCGUGCUGUUGGGCCCUCGGGACCCCUUGUGCACCGGCGGCUGGACCCCGGAGGGCCUGAAGCACCUUGGGUUACAGGCCCGGUCGUCCAGCGAUCCGAGCUCCCCGGCAGGCGAGGAUGCCGACGUCGCAGUGUCCUGGGGCUGCGGCGCGGAGGAAGAGGGCGGAGGCGGUUUUCCGCACUUCGGCUCUCGUUCCUGCGCACCUCCGGCCCGCUGCCCCGCAUCCCGGCGUCCUGGGGAAUCUCCGACCAGCUCCGCCCCGGCUCCGGCUAGGCCAGCCUCAGGUCUCGAGUCCCAGCCUGGCCCCGCCGCCAGCCCGCCUCCUCGGGAGCCCAGUCCCGUGCCUCAGCCGCCACCUGCGGGUGUCUCCACCGAGCCCGCCGGUCCAGGGGCGGCGCCGGAGCCGCCCCGGCCGAGCCAGCCGGCGGCAGUGGAUGGAAACUCCUUGCCGACAGUUCCGGAGCCACCGGCCGCUAGCCCCUCGACGGCCAGCGGAGCUACGGCGACUCCGGGCGAUCUCCGCCAGGAACAUUUCGAUCGUUUGAUCCGGCGGUCGAAGCUCUGGUGUUACGCGAAAGGCUUCGCCCUGGACACUCCGAGUUUGCGUCGGGGGCCCGAGCGGCCGCCAACGAAAGGGUCCGGCCGGGGAACCGCCAAGAAACGCCGGCGGCCGGCGCCUCCGCAUCGCAGUGCGCAGCCCCGCCGGCCCGCACCGACGCUCCCCACCGUGAGCACCUUCAGCCUCCUUGACUGCUUCCCCUGCCCUCCGGCCCUGGUGGUGGGGGAGGACGGAGACUUGGGGCCGGCAUCGUCGCUUCGCCUCCAGGAAGGCGAGAUGCCUCCGCCUGCCCAUCCACUGUGGAGGUGGCAGAUGGGGGGUCCCGCUGUCCCUGAACCCCCCGGCCUCAAAUUCUGGGGGAUCAACUUGAAGGAACUGUGAUCGUGGGACCUCUUCUGCCAAGGAGGGACAGUUUGGGCCACUGCCAAAUUGAGGGCCCGAGGCGAGAGCUCGUGUCUCACUUUUUGCUUGUCCCCUUCCCUUAGGAUUUAUGGGCUUUGGGCCGAGGGAACUGAAGUGACAGUGAUCUUUAAGCACCUAAGUGGUCGGGGUGACACCCCUUCCCCUCAUCCUUUGGAGAGGAGCCAAGGGCUGGAGCCAUGAGAAGACUUAACCGAGAAAGGCUUAAAGACAUGGAUUCCAGUCCCUCCCCCCUUCCAGCUUGGCCCUCUGGGGGCAGGGCCUUCAUCCCUGGGGGAGCAAAGGAGGGUAUAGCUCUAAGACAAAAAAGAGCAAGAGGGAGAGAGACCUUGGGGAUGGACAAACCGGUUGUUUCUGUGGGGGAGCCUGGGGAUGAGGGGAUUGGGUGGGGGUGGGGAGGUGAUUGACAGCUCCCUGGGGGUAUCCCACCCCCACCAUCGAGGCCUUUAACCCUUCACUCCCCUCAGGCCUUCCCCCACUCCUAGCCGGUGUCAAAGCCUAAUGGGGGAGGGGACAGUUUGGGCAAGGGGAGGACCACCCCUUCCUGUUCCCUUCUAGGGUCCCCCAAGCUCAGGUGACCCCUACUUGGUGAGAUUCAGUUUCAGCCACCAUCCUAUCCCUUUCAUCCAGUUUUGAAGUUUCUGCCUUCAACUUUCCCUCAUUUGCUUUCCCUUUGUAGGUCUGAUGGGUGAAAGAGAUUCCCCCUUGAUAAGUCAGACUCCCUCCCCGCAGUUUCCUCCUCAGAGGAAAACUGAUUAAGUGGGGCAGGGCUGAGGGGUUCCAAACCUGUAGACUUUGCUUGGGAAAGGGGCAAGACACUAUCCCAGGGAAAGUAAUAGAAGGUGGAAGAAAUCAAAUUCAGACCAAAUAAGUUGCCUUUCGAAUUCCCCUCUCCACUGAUUUAUGGGGGAGGGAGGGAGAAGGUAGAGGGCAGGCAGGGUCUGCUCCAUGGACACCCAAACUCAGCCCCCUUAAAGGGGAGAGAGGAAACGGAAGGGCUUUUCUGUUCUCGGCCUAACCACAAGGGUCCAGUGGGAUCUGAUGAAUUUCAAAGAGGCAAAAUUUGGGCUUGAGUGGGAACGGGGAUGAGGUACCUUCAGCUUUACCCCCUGGGCCUCAGGCAUUUUGGUUGUCAGAGAUCUGAUGGAUCCGAAGCGGGCAGGGCUAGGGGAUUAGGUUUGGGGUCAGAGGUUCUGUUUUCUAGGGGGAGGGGUGGAGCCCCUUUCCCUCCACCUAGGUAAGGUCGAGGAGAUUCCAAGUUUAGGUGUGAGGAGAAGCUGGGGGUUGCCGAUCAGCCCAGCAGUGGGGGCACCCAGUGACCCUUCUGCCCACACGAGUGAAGAGCGCCCCCCCAUUUCCCCCCAAAACUUGGUGAGGCAGGAACAUUGGGGAGGGGCUUGUCUCCUUUUCUGUGAAAACGCUUUGUAAAAAGUUGUUAUUGUUUGCAUAGAGCAGAUUUUUGAGAAAACCCGUUUUUGACCACAAAAGUUUUGUUUGUUUUAAAA